AAUAAGCUUUCCUCUUCUUUUUUCCCUUUCUGUUCAACUCUAUUUAUUUACCUGUCAAAAAGUGAAUAUGAAGGUCUCAUUCAUUGGGCUUGCUGCCAUUGCUUUAGGUGCUCAAUAUGCUUUCGCUUCCGCACCCUGUGCUUGUAACCCUUCCGAUACCUUGUGUCUUACCAAGUGUAGUAAGUAAUAGCAUUGCUAAUCUUGUUGGUGUGUCUGUGAUUGGAUGGUGUGUUUCAUUUAUGACGGGCAUAAGCGUACUUAUUCACUUUUUACAAACCCCCCUUCCGCCCACUUUUUCCUUUGUAGUGAUGUGUGUCAAGUCAUGUAGCUCCACUGAUUUGAAUUGUUAUAACGGCUGUCUCCAUCAAGUUGACUCGCAAAGUUCUUCUUCAUCAGAAACCCCUUCUGCUACCUCUUCAGCUACGCCUAGCCCUACGGAUGCUGCUUCUAGCUCUGCUCAGCCCACGAGUGCUCCUGCCUCUACUGACAGUGCUGUCACUUCUUCUCAAAUGUCUACUCAUGCUACCAGCUCUCACUCCUCCAGGAGGGUCGUUACCGUGACCACAACUAUCACUCCUUCAAAGAAUCCUUCUGUCCAACCUACUUCCUCAAGUAUCACUCCCCCCGUCGCUCCUUCUUCAUCUGCUCCUGCUUCUGCUGCUCCCACUACCACUGAUGCUGCUCCUUCCUCAUCUGCACCUGCUGAUCCCAACGCUUCAUCUCCUGCUCCUAGCAGCACUACUCCUGGUGGCAUUGUUCCUGUUCCUGUUCCUACUGGCAGUGCCUCCUCCUCUGCUCCAAUCGAAAGUGCUCAACCUACUGAAAGUGCUCAACCUACGGAUCCUAAUCAGUCUUCUAGCGCCCAGCCCACUGAAAGUGUUCAGCCUACUGACUCUAAUCAACCUUCUAGUGCUCAACCUACCGAUCCUAAUCAACCUUCUAGUGCUCAACCCACUGAAAGUGCUCAACCCACUGAAAGUGUUCAACCCACCGAUUCCCAACCUUCCAAUUCUGCACAACCUACUAACUCAGAUAAUAAUAGAGAAAUUCAAUCUUCUACUCAACAACCUACAGACAGUGCCUCUCAAACAAGUUCUGCACAAACCACUGAAACCACUUCUACCACUGUUGCUUCUCAGCCUACUGAAUCAGCUUCUACUCAACAACCUACAGACAGUGCCUCUCAAACAAGUUCUGCACAAACGACUGAAACCACUUCUACCACUGUUGCUUCUCAGCCUACUGAAUCAGCUUCUGCUACUCCUGCACCUGAUAACAACAACCAAGGCAAUAAUGGCAACCCUAAUAAUAAUGGCAAUCAAGAUAACAACGGCAACCCAGACAAGAAUGGCAACCCAGACAAUAAUGGCAACCAAGACAAUAACGGCAACCAAAACAAUGAUCAAAAUGCUGCCAAUUUUAAGGCACCUGCUUUAGGUUUCACUUUGCUGUGUGUUGCUCUCACUGCCUUCUACUUAUAAUACAAUCUUCACUUAAAUCGCAAACCCCUAUUUUUUAUUUUAUUCUAAACAGUAACUAUAUAUACUAAUCUAAUCCAUGAUUGAUAACUAUUAUGUUUUCAUAGCAUAUCUCUUUUUUUUUUUUUU